AAACCAGAACUAGUAGAUGAAACUAAACAGACAGAUGGACCUAUUUAUGCCAUAACAGACAAAGAUACAACUAUUGAAGUAGUCAAAUGUGAAGCCUGGAAAAUAUGCUGUUUGAAUUUCCCCACAAGUUCAACACCAACUGGUGCUGCACCUCCACAAGAAGUGCAAACUUUUGCAGACAAUACACCUGGUUCAGAAGUCUACAAAGUGGAUUCUACUACCUAUGUAGUUGUUUUCCCAGUAACUGAUAACCCAGUAGAUGUUCCUUCAGGCACUUCAGCAUAUGUAUUCAAGAAACCAGAACUAGUAGAUGAAACUAAACAGACAGAUGGACCUAUUUAUGCCAUAACAGACAAAGAUACAACUAUUGAAGUAGUCAAAUGUGAAGAAGUAACACCUGGAUCACCAAGCACACCUGGAUCACCAAGCACACCUGGAUCACCAAGCACACCAGGAUCACCAAGCACACCUGGAUCACCAAGCACACCAGGAUCACCAAGCACACCAGGAUCACCAAGCACACCUGGAUCUCCAAGCACACCUGGAUCACCAAGCACACCAGGAUCACCAAGCACACCAGGAUCACCAAGCACACCUGGAUCACCAAGCACACCUGGAUCACCAAGCACACCAGGAUCACCAAGCACACCAGGAUCACCAAGCACACCAGAAUCACCAAGUACACCUUGCUCUCAAGUAAUGGUUCCACAGAGCAAUCUCCCAACCAUUAGUCCAAGUUAUCCAAGUGAUGCAUCUCCCAAUGACCGCUUAGUUGUUGUUAGAGAUGACAAUAGUGAUUCCACUGUGGUUUCAGUUGAUGUUAAAGAACCAACAGCAGGAUCUGUUCUUGUUUCAGAACCAAUUGAUAAGCCUGUAAUUGAUGAGCCUGGAAAAUAUGCUGUUGAAUUCCCCACAAGUUCAACACCAACUGGUGCUGCACCUCCACAAGAAGUGCAAACUUUUGCAGACAAUACACCUGGUUCAGAAGUCUACAAAGUGGAUUCUACUACCUAUGUAGUUGUUUUCCCAGUAACUGAUAACCCAGUAGAUGUUCCUUCAGGCACUUCAGCAUAUGUAUUCAAGAAACCAGAACUAGUAGAUGAAACUAAACAGACAGAUGGACCUAUUUAUGCCAUAACAGACAAAGAUACAACUAUUGAAGUAGUCAAAUGUGAAGAAGUAACACCUGGAUCACCAAGCACACCUGGAUCACCAAGCACACCUGGAUCACCAAGCACACCAGGAUCACCAAGCACACCUGGAUCACCAAGCACACCAGGAUCACCAAGCACACCAGGAUCACCAAGCACACCUGGAUCUCCAAGCACACCUGGAUCACCAAGCACACCAGGAUCACCAAGCACACCAGGAUCACCAAGCACACCAGGAUCACCAAGCACACCUGGAUCACCAAGCACACCAGGAUCACCAAGCACACCUGGAUCACCAAGCACACCUGGAUCACCAAGCACACCUGGAUCACCAAGCACACCUGGAUCACCAAGCACACCAGGAUCACCAAGCACACCUGGAUCACCAAGCACACCAGGAUCACCAAGCACACCAGGAUCACCAAGCACACCUGGAUCUCCAAGCACACCUGGAUCACCAAGCACACCAGGAUCACCAAGCACACCAGGAUCACCAAGCACACCAGGAUCACCAAGCACACCUGGAUCACCAAGCACACCAGGAUCACCAAGCACACCUGGAUCACCAAGCACACCUGGAUCACCAAGCACACCAGGAUCACCAAGCACACCUGGAUCACCAAGCACACCAGGAUCACCAAGCACACCAGGAUCACCAAGCACACCUGGAUCACCAAGCACACCUGGAUCACCAAGCACACCAGGAUCACCAAGCACACCAGGAUCACCAAGCACACCAGGAUCACCAAGCACACCUGGAUCACCAAGCACACCUGGAUCACCAAGCACACCAGGAUCACCAAGCACACCAGGAUCACCAAGCACACCAGAAUCACCAAGUACACCUUGCGCUCAAGUAAUGGUUCCACAGAGCAAUCUCCCAACCAUUAGUCCAAGUUAUCCAAGUGAUGCAUCUCCCAAUGACCGCUUAGUUGUGGUUAGAGAUGACAAUAGUGAUUCCACUGUGGUUUCAGUUGAUGUUAAAGAACCAACAGCAGGAUCUGUUCUUGUUUCAGAACCAAUUGAUAAGGUAGCUAUUCUCUGA